AUGGCAAAAAGAAAAAGCGUUUAUCGUGAACAGUUUUCAACUGACUUUCCAGGGAUUAAAAAAAGUAAAAAAGGUGAAAACUAUGCCUUUUGCGAAUAUUGUUCAACUGAUGUUAGUAUUGCGAACGCAGGCGUUUCAUCUAUUAAACAACAUUUUGAAAAAGAAGUUCACAAAAACAACGUGAAAAUUAAAAAGUCUACUGUCGGAAUAUCAACAUUUUUUCAUAGUAAUAAUUUGCCCACAUCUAGAAAAACUGCUGCAGCAGAAGGAGCAUUUGCAUAUCAUGUCGCUUUUCACUCGUUAUCGUUUAAAGCUGCAGAUUGUACAAAUCGUUUUAUUUCAACUGUUUUCGCUGAAUCGGAAACUGGUCGGAAAUUUUCAUCUGCUCAAACAAAAACGCAGGCAAUCAUUUCAAGAAUAUUGGCUCCGAAAUCAAUUGAGAAUCUUUUGUCUGAAUUGGGCAGCGAGCCGUUUUCUAUUGCAACCGACUCGUCAAAUUUUAAAGAAAUCAAAACAUUCCCUAUCAUUAUUCGGUAUUUUUCGCAUGAAGGAUUGAAAGUUAAAUUGUUAGAGUUUUCAAAUUUGCCAGGAGAAACGAUGCAGAAAAAUUUUUUUGGUGCUAUGACUCAAUCAAAGUUGCAAUCAUUAGAGGAUUCUAAUUUGGCUAAUCGCAUAGAAAAGGAGUUUUCAACAUUUUAUUCGACAUCUGUUGAUUACAUUCAGAAGUGGUUCAGAAUUACUGAUUAUCCGUCUUCUUCUAAGUGGUUAAUGCUGAAAUCUGUCGACACAAUUUCGUAUGAGGAUAUUCGAAAAUCUGCAGAAUUAAAAAGAAAAGAAUGGCGUUUGAAGAAAGCAGAAACUCGUAAAAUUAAGAAACGACUUCAAAAUAUGCAGACACCUCCGCAGACACCCUCAACUUCAGGAAAACAUCUAACUAUAUCAGAACAAAGUGAACGGGGUCAAAAAAAUGUUGAAAAAUCGCAAAAAGCAUGCAAGAUUAAUAGUAAAACUUGCCUCAGAUUUACAGCAAGCAAAUCGUUUGAAAGACAAUUUUGUGCAGAGUAUAUUGAGAAUAUUAUUUCAUACCCUAUGUUUACCCGCCUUCGCCCGUUUUGGGUACGCAUGCCCACAUCAAAGGAUAGAGAAACUUGUUUAUGCAAAAAACAUGACAAUGUACAACUAAAAGCUGACAAACUUUAUCAGCUGAAGACGUGCCAUUUUGGAGCAAGUAAUCAACAAGCAACUAUACAUACAGGUGUGUUGUACAAAUACAAUGGCCUAAUUUCAUUUGCCAGUAUUUCUGAAUCCUUGCGUAAGGAUCCAUCAGCAAUUUGGGCUCAUAUUGAACCUAUACUUCAGAAUUUACGUGAAAGUUAUCCUGGCAUUACCACAUUGCAUUUCUUUUCUGAUGGGCCAACAACGCAGUACCGGAACAAACAAAAUUUCUACCUUCUUUCGACUCAAAUCUACAAGCUCGGAUUCACAGAUGCAAGUUGGAAUUUUUUUGAAGCAGGGCAUGGCAAAGGAGCUCCAGAUGCCAUUGGAGGUGCCUUAAAACGCCGAGCUGAUGAUAAGGUGAACAUGGGUUGUGAUAUUACAACAGCACAAUCUCUUUUCAAGGUGAUGAGUGAAUCUGAUUCACAGAUAAAACUGUACUAUAUUGAAGGGUCAGAUAUUGGUAGAAUAACGAGUUAUUGUCAUCAGUCAUUAACAGCAAUCGCUGGUACGAUGAAAGUUCAUCAGCUGUACACCGAUACAGAGCUGUGUAUAUCAUCACGACAUUCAGACAAAGAAAUUUCCAGCUAUUAUAAACUCGGUGAGAUUAAAUAA